AUGUUGUUUUUCAAACUCUUCCUAGUGGCUCUGGCGCCUAUCAGCCUCGUCGCCGAAAGCGCACCGCAAGCAGCGUCGACACCAGACUUGGAUCUUGAUGCACUUCUCGCAAAGCACAACCUAGCUUUAGUACCUCGGUCGGAUCUGACAGACGCCCUGACAGAGCUUAAUGGCUUGCUCAGAAGAAACCAGGUUCAGCAACAGAAAGUCGCACUAUAUCCGCGACAGAAGAGCAACAGCACCGGUUCCGGCUCUGGUUCGAACUCUGGUUCUGGAUCCGGGUCAAGCGGCGGUCUUGACCUCGGUGACCUUGGAGGGCUCGACGAUUUAGGCCAGAUUCUUGAAAGUCUGACCAAGCUCAUUACACAGUUGGGUGAUCUCGGGGGCUAUCUUUCGGCUAUCCAACAACUAUUAAGCGAUGAGUUCUUGCAGGCUCUACACGACGCUAUGGUUUACCUUGCACAGACACUUCGUCCGCCCAUUCCAAAUAUCGCUAGGAACGUCCUCACUAAGGUUGAACCGCUAAUCGACCUGCUCGGUUCCCUAGAUUUAGAGGGUAUCGUAGAUGAAAUUAAGGGCAUCGACUUGAAGGGUAUACUCAAUGCGCUACAACCCCUUCUAACCCCCGAAUCUAUUAAGGGCCUCGUUGGUCUGUUGAGUAAUACAGAAAAGCUUUUGACCCCGGAGACUGUCGAGGCUCUAAACUCAAUACUGUCAAGCUCGCUGCUUUCCAGUGCCAAGCCUCUCCUUGAUAGCCUCAAGGAUAUUGAUCUUCAAGGGUUACUCGAUGCGGUAGCCCCACUCCUAACAGCAGACUCGGUCAAGGGUAUCGUCGGUCUACUUGGCAAUGCUGAAUCUCUCCUCACCAAAGAUUUUGUUGACCAGACCAAGUCUCUGAUUUCUGGAGCUGGGCCGCUCCUUGACAGCUUGAAGCAAAUCGACCUGAAAAGUUUGAUAGAUCAGAUCUCUCCAAUCCUUAAUGAACUCGGCCAGCUUGACUUGAAGGGCUUGUUCGAAGCUAUCAGCCCGCUGUUGACAUCGGACUCCAUCAAGGGUAUUAUAGGGUUGCUCGGCAAUGCUGAGAAUUUGCUGACUGGAGAAUUCGUCGACCAGACCAAAUCUCUCAUCGCAGGAGCAGGUCCUUUACUUUCGAGUCUGGGUGAUAUCGACCUGAAAGGUCUGCUCAGUCAAGUUUCGCCCUUACUCGAUAGCUUAAGCAAGAUUGAUCUCCAAGGUCUACUUUCGGCCGUCAAGCCCUUAUUGACGCCCGACUCGGUGAAGGGUAUCGUCGGGCUUUUAGGCAAUGCUGAGGACCUGUUGACGACACAGUUCGUUGAUCAGACGAAGACGUUGAUAUCUGGUGCCGUGCCAUUGAUAUCCGCCGUCGGUAAGCUUGACUUAGAGGGCCUUAUCGAGCAAGUAAAACCACUACUAGAUUCUCUAAGUCAGAUUGACUUGGGUAGCCUGGUCGAGAAGAUUCAACCUAUUCUUGACGCUAUAGGCCAGAUUGAUAUCGCGGGAUUAGUCAAACAAAUCACGCCAAUUCUGAACUCCCUCGGGCAGAUUGAUUUAUCCAGCGAAGUUGAUAUAAAGGGAAUCUUCGACGCUGUCUCCCCUCUACUCACACCGUCCUCUGUCGACGGUCUUGUAGGACUUGUCGAUAACGCCGAGUCACUCUUGACGAAGGAAUUCGUUAAUGAAACUCAUACCAUCAUCGACGGCGCAGCGCCGUUGGUUGGAGCUCUAGGAAAAAUCGACAUUGGAGGUCUCUUGGACCAAGUCAAGCCACUUCUUAGCUCAUUAGGUCAGAUCGAUCUGGCUGGUCUUAUUAAGGCUGUCAAGCCUCUCCUUGGAACUCUGAGCCAGAUUGAUAUCCAAGGAAUUGUUGAACAGGUCACGCCUUUGAUUACACCAACUUCCGUCAAGGGAAUAAUAACCCUACUCGGGAAUGCGGAGAAUUUAUUAUCAGCUGCAUUCGUCUCACAGACGACCGAGUUAAUAGGCGACGCUACACCUGUAAGUUUUCCUUGA